ACUGUUUAUCCACCCAAGUAACUAAUGAAUAGAAUAUAAUCCUAUAGGGGAUAUCUCUCUUAUAUGGUGUAGGCACUUACGCUAUACCUAAUUAGUAUCUUUGACUAACCUAGCCUACCCUAAUGGGUUAGAGCAUCUACACCUUGUGAAUGUGUACAGCUAACUAUUAAUAAUGACUGAACUAACUAAUCGGUUUGAUAAAGCCCAAUACCAGGCACAACCCUUUCAUCUAGUAACGCCUAGCCCAUGGCCACUACUAUCUUCAUUUGCCCUUCUGAUCCUAACGACUGGAGCGGUUAUGUACUUUAACGGGUACUCUACACCUCUACCAGGGGGUCCAACAACACUACUACUACUAGGGUUCCUAACUACAGCAGGUUCAAUAGCUCUAUGGUUCCGAGAUGUAGUUACUGAGGGUACGUUCCUUGGUGACCAUACAUUCCUAGUACAGAAAGGUAUUAGUAUAGGGGUACUUCUAUUCAUCGUAAGUGAAGUGUUCUUCUUCCUAAGCAUUUUCUGGGCCUAUUUUCAUAGUAGUCUAAGCCCCGUUGUUGAACUGGGAGCUCAAUGGCCACCUCAAGGUAUUGCUACUAUUAACCCUUUUGAACUACCGCUACUGAAUACUAUCCUACUACUAAGUAGUGGUGCUAGUGUAACAUAUGCUCAUCAUGCCCUUAUUGGACGUAACCGUCGUAAUGCUAUUAUUGGACUAAUCUUUACCCUGGUGUUUGCAGUACUGUUUACUAUCUGCCAAGGUAUUGAGUACCUUAACGCAGGGUUCACUAUAGCUGAUGGGGUAUUCGGUAGUGCGUUCUUCUUUAGUACUGGGUUCCACGGUAUUCAUGUACUUGUAGGUACUAUCUUCCUAGCAACCGGCUUCUUUCGCCUACUAUCAUACCAUCUAACUGACCAUCAUCAUCUUGGUUACGAAGGAGGAAUUCUCUAUUGGCACUUCGUCGACGGGGUCUGGCUUAUUCUUUACGUGUGCGUAUAUUGGUGAGGUUCAUAGUGACUUCAGGCUCCCUUUGGUUAAUGUUAUUCAGGUCCGAUCCAGUAUCUCCCUCUAUAGGA